AUGGUCAGCAACAACUACUAACAAGUCAUAAAUUAGCAGUAUGACCCAUUAAGUGAACAAGAAUCGUUAAUGUUAAGUGAAUUACUAUUGAGAUCAUCAUAAAAUCAGCAAUAGUAGCAGUACUAUCAUCAAUCUUAAAAUAAAUAAAACGGUAGUUAGCAUAAUCUAACCUCGUCUUCAAUAUUUCUUCUUCCAAAUCAUACAAAUUCUAACAAUCCUUUUAAUGACAAGUCUUUCACCAACUACUCGAUCACCCAGCAAUGGUAAUCAUAUUUUGUUAAUUUAUAUUUAGCUACUGUUUAAGCUUUGAAAGCAUUAUAAGAUAAAGUAAAAGAACUUGAGACAGAAAAUAUGGCACUGAAACAUUAAAAAGUACAAGAAUAAUCUUAAAAUGUUAAUAUGCUUUAUCAAUAAAAUUAUCAGCUGAAAGAACAAUUGACUCUUUUAAGGCAGCAAUUAAAAUUGGUCGAGGAUGAGAAAAAAAGACAUCUAGAAAUGAAUUCCAUACGGGAAGAAAUUAACCAGACCAAGCAAAAUAUAUAGUAAAUAGAAAUGGUCAUUCAAUAAAUGGCAUAAAAGAAUGAAAACGAUCUAUAAAAUCAUAAGAUAAAGAUCGCUCAGCAGCAUGAAGAGAAUGUAUAGAUAAAGAAAAAAUAUGAUUAGCUCAAAAGAUAGUAUCAAAAAGACGUUCAUAAAUAAUAGAUAAUCAAGUAGGAGAACUAAGAUUACUAGAAAUUGAAAUUGAAAAUGAAAGAAAUUAAGUAAGAGAAUAUCGAACUGAAUCUUAGCCUGAAAUACUUACAGGAAGAAUUAAGAAGUUAUCAUUAGAUAUAUGGUAAAAAUUUCAUUAAAAUAAGAGAACAAAGCUUGAAAGCCAGCCAUAAUUCUCUAAAGAAGGAAAAGACGAUUGAUCGUUAGACUAGAAGAUUAUCAAAUAAUAAUUCCACCUCGAAAAAAGACCCUUUAGCAAGGUCUUAAUCUGUUCAAAAGCUGAAUAAGUAAUCCCAGUUGAUUGUUGUCCCCAAAUAGCAUAUCUAAAAAUCUUUUAUCAGAAAUUCAAGCUCAUAAAGCAAGUCUCUUAAAAGAAAUUCUAGUUAGACAAAAAGAUUUUAGCAAAAUACUAUUACCAUCAAUAGGCAUAAAUCAUCAUAAAAGAAAGCUCUAAAUUUCGAUAAACCUGAUAACUUUGUACUCGAGAGUGUGAGACUUAAUUAGUUAUCGACUGGAUAUUCCCCUGUCAAUGUGCCAUAAGUCUUGCCUCUACUUGAGUCUCAAACUUUAGAAGAUGAACCAACAAUAUCUCAUGAACCAAGAUAUGAAUAUUUCUAGCACAUUAAUGACAACAAUCUCUAGCAUAGUUCUAAAAAGAUUUUAAACAAACUUUAGAAUAUGAGUCAUAGCUCACUUAUCCUUCAUCCUACCUUUAUGGAGAGUGACCUAAAUUAUAACUAAAAAUAGAUGCAAGAUUUGUCAUUCAGCUAAAUCAAAUCAGAUAUCACAUAAUUGGUUGAGACUCUAAGUUCUAAAGAAGAACUACUAUCCAAUCUUAAAAGCAAACAAAUUUCAUAGAACUUAUAUAAGAGAAAUCAAAAAAGAAACAGUAAUAAUGGAGAUGGGUAUAUUUUAGUAGGCGAGUCUGUUAACUAAAUCGGCUAAGAUAUUAGCAGAAUACAGACAAAUCAGAGUGCUUCAGUACUUUCUUCAAGCUUCAGAGCUAAUAAUUGA